UUGUAGUACGUAGUCGAAGGAUUUGAUAUGACAUGACGGCGUGACCAUGACCAGUGUCAAGUGGUGAAAUGUCUUAAUUGUAUGGAGCUGUAUGUACAAUCUGGUAGUCAAAGUCUGAAGAAUUUAAAAUGAAUACACCGGACUGGGACGAAGUUAAAAGAUUAGCCGCUGAUUUUCAGAAAGCACAACUAAGCUCAACAUUACAAAAAUUAUCUGAACGAAAUUGUGUGGAAAUUAUAACAAAAUUAGUGGAGAACAAAUUAUUAAACAUCAUAUUUACCAAUGAUGGCAAGGAAUAUAUUACCCCUCAGCAUCUUGCUAAAGAAAUUAAAGAUGAAUUAUAUGACCACGGUGGAAGAAUUAGUUUGGUUGAUUUAGCACAGAUCUUGAAUGUCAGUUUAUCUCAGGUAUCUCAAGUGGCAACUAAAUUAGAAAAGAGUACUAAGGGACUUAAAAUAGUACUUGGGCAACUCAUUGAUAAAACUCAUACAAACAAAAUUAUCCAAUAUGUCAAUGAGAAAUUAAUGCAACAUGGAAUUAUCGAUAUUGAUGAAAUAACAAUGCGAUACGAUUUACCUGCUGAUUUUGUAUUACCACUCAUAGAGAAAGAAUUAGGAAAAACUAUAUUUGGUAAACAGGAUCCACAAGAUUUUGGAGUCUUUUAUACAGAAAGCUUUAUAGCUAAAAACAGAGCUAAAAUAAGAGGGGCCUUAUCUGCUAUUACCAAGCCUACGCCAUUGUCAGUUUUAACACAAUGUUCUGUAUCAGAAAAAAUAUUUUUCUCAAUUAUAGAUAAUCUGCAGGAAAUGAAACAAAUUCCUGGUGUUGUAGUAGGGAAGCAGGGAAUAAAGAGCUUUUAUGUACCAACUAUAUACUCUAAAAGCCAAAAUGAAUGGGUGGAAAAUUUUUACAAACAAAAUGGUUAUUUAGAAUAUGAUGCACUCACUCGCCUUGGAAUAUCUGAUCCACAAAGUUUUGUGAAACGGCAUUUCCCAAAUGAAGAUAUAAUAUCGUUGGACUCUGUUGCUGUUGGUACAGCUAUUACUGAUCAAGUAUAUGCAAAUAUUGAAGAAGCUGUUGAAAGUGGAUCCUUUGUAGAUAUAAGUCCUCUCCUACCUUCUGUUUUUACUGAUACAGAUAUGGACAUGCUCCUUAAAUUAGCAGAAAAGAAAUUAAACAACACACAAAUAUUUGCAAAAACUGUAGUAACGACAGAUGCAUUUUUACAAUCACUGUGCAAAUCUUUUGAAACCAUAGCAGAAAGAAAAGCAAAAGAAAUGGUUGCUAGUGGUCAAUGGUUUCAAACUGUAGCAGAGACUAGACUGAAGUCAAAGUCAGCUGAUAUAAUCAUAGAAAGCAAAGGAAAUAGGAAAAUGGAACGUCGAAAGAAGGCAACAAUCGGUAAAGCAGGUGGUGGUAGUCAAGGAAGAGAAACGAAAACAAAAUCCACUAAAAAAAAAUAUUUACAAGGUAGAGCUCGUGACAAUGAUUCUGACGACGAGUAUCCAAAACACGUAACAGGGAAAGUUGAGAUUCAGCUGGUAUCCUUCGAAGAUAUACAGAAUGAAAUUAUGAAAGAUGAUAAUCUAUCAGUAAUUGAUGAUUUAGUAGAAGAGCUCGCAGGGUACUUGCAACCUAAAAUAAAUAACCAUGCAAUAUCUUUGGCAACUCAAUUAGGACAGAAUAACAAAACUACUAAUUUAAGUGAGAUUGAAGAACGUCUUAAUAUGCUUCUAACAAAUAUUAAAGUAUUUGAUAAAGGCAUUAAAUAUUUAGACAAAGCAGAUCAGCCUGCUUUAACCAAAUAUUUAUUAAAAUCUCUUGGUACAGAUUUUUUGACAGAAUUAUUUAAAUUAGCUGCACAACAAAAUAUGCUACAAAUUCCUAACAACGUUACCACUGAGGCUAGACAGAAGAUGUUGUUGGAUUUGCCUGAUGAUGUCAAGGAACCCUUGAGUAAUAUACAUAAAUCUAUCACUGGAACGUCUAUAGAUGAUUUUCUUAAUGUUACAGAUGUCGCAAUGGCAUCUUGUUGUUUAGUACUAAAAAAAUAUGAUAAAAAGAAGGAACGACCGUUCAUAUUGGGGCAUAGGGAAGCAUUAUUAGAAGAACUUAAUGGUACUCAGGACUCUGCAUUGGCAUUGCAUCUAGUCACAAGUAUAUUAUUUACUGCAGCAACACAGAAUGCUUUAUACAUGUCUGGCAGACAUGUAUCCACAGUUCUCUCAUUCCUUCAAACACAUUUACAACCUUCAACAGCGGCAAUACUAUCUAAAUACCAUGAUAUGGUCUUAAAAAGCUUAACUUCUACAGAUGAAGUCACAAAACUUGAAGUUACCAAGGAAUUGGAGGCUGGUUUAGUGGAAAUUAAAAAUAUUGCAAAUGAAUUUAAACAACACAUAAAAACUGAGAAAUCACAAGAAUGAACACAUAAUAAUUUGUACAUAAAUACAAAUGUUGUUUGAUUAUAUAAAAAUAUAUUUGAGAAAUUUGUA